AUGAUUAAGCAAAAAAUACCUAUGGCAAAAAAAUCUGAUUUAUUACGCACAGUUUUAGCAUGGUACUAUCACGCUCAGCCAAAAUUAAAAACAAAUUAUUCUUUACGUAUCGAUAGUUUUUCUAUCCGUCGUGGACAAAAUGUUGAAUAUUCUCAAUCUUGGUAUUUUGAUGUAUCGUUAGAUUUUUUUGCUGUUAACAGAAUUGGAAUAGUUUUGGCAUUGUCAGAAUUUAGAGCCAAAGCAGCACCAUGCUUAUUAGAUCAAUCAUUAAUAGAUCGUAGCAGCUGUUAUUUAAUGUUAAAAUCUGAUUCUGAUAGUCUUAUUGACUAUAUUGAAAGAUAUUUAAUGAAAACUACAAAUAAUAUUCGUACAUUAGUUGGUAGUCAAAUAACGGACGAUCUCGAUGGUGAAGCAUAUGAUUAUCGUAUAUUAAUGGAUGUUAUUUUAUAUGCUGAAAAACCAGUUACAUUAAUAAUGCGAAAAAUGGAUAAAUGUUCUUCAUCAUUAUAUGAUUUAUGUAAUCAGAAUUUUUACAAUAUCAGGAGAUAA